CUCGCGGUAGCGACCAAGUUCUCGCUGAACGCUUUAUCGCGAGAUUACGCCGCUUCCUUUUCCCUUUUCACUCUGAGUCCAAGAUGGGAGUUGACAUCAGACACAACAAGGACCGCAAGGUUCACAGGAAGGAGCCCAAGAGUCAGGACAUCUACCUGAGGCUCCUGGUUAAGUUGUACAGGUUCCUAGCUCGUCGUUCUGAUGCUCCCUUCAACAAAGUCGUCCUCAAGAGACUCUUCAUGAGCAGGAGCAACCGCCCACCUCUCUCCCUGGCUCGCCUGAUCCGUAAGAUGAAGCUCCAAGGCCGUGACAGCAAGACCGCUGUAGUUGUGGGAACCGUUACUGAUGACAUCAGAAUUCAGAAUAUCCCCAAACUAAAGGUGUGUGCUUUGAAGGUGACAUCUGGAGCCCGUAGAAGGAUCCUGAAGGCUGGUGGACAGGUCAUGACCUUUGAUCAGCUAGCACUUGCUGCCCCUAAAGGACAGAGCACCGUACUGCUGUCAGGACCCCGCAAGGGCAGGGAGGUGUACAGGCACUUUGGAAAGGCUCCUGGAACUCCCCACAGCCACACCAAGCCCUACAUUCGCUCCAAAGGCAGAAAAUUUGAGCGUGCUCGCGGUCGCAGAGCCAGCCGUGGCUACAAGAACUAAAGCUGUCUGUGUUGUAUUUUUAUUAAUGCAAAUAAAGACGGACUAUUGAAA